UAAAUAAUUUAAAUAAUGUCAACAAUAUUUGUGUACGUUUUCAUGACGUUUUCUUCUUGAAAACAAAAACUAUUUUUAUUUGACACCAAUGACAGUUGUCUUGUCAUUGUGUCAUUCACCAAAGGUCACCUUGAUAAAGUAGAGGAUUUUGAAUUCGGGGAAUAAAAUAUUAUUUUUGGGUGUUGGGAUAAGUUGAACUUAUAAACGAUGGAAACGGCGACGACUCAAAGGUUUAUCGGGCGCGGUUCCCACAAGGGGAAGGGCCUGGCAGUGUUUACCAGCGGAGGUGACUCUCAGGGUAUGAAUGCCGCCGUGCGCUCGGUGGUACGAAUGGGUAUAUAUCUGGGGUGCAAGGUAUAUUUCAUUCGCGAAGGAUAUCAAGGCAUGGUGGACGGUGGAGAUAACAUAGAAGAGGCUAACUGGUCUUCUGUCAGCUCGAUCAUUCACAAAGGUGGCACUAUUAUUGGAUCAGCUCGUUGCAUGGAGUUCAUUAAGAGAGAAGGGCGCCUUAAAGCUGCCUACAACUUGGUCACUCGUGGCAUCACCAACCUGGUAGUGAUUGGAGGUGAUGGUUCCCUGACUGGAGCCAAUCUAUUCAGAGAGGAAUGGUCCAGCUUACUGGAUGAGCUGCUAGCAAACAAUAAGAUUACAAAAGAUCAGAGAGAGAAGUACAAGUACCUCCACAUUGCUGGCAUGGUGGGCUCAAUUGACAAUGAUUUCUGCGGCACAGACAUGACUAUAGGAACAGACUCUGCCUUACAUCGCAUCAUUGAAGCUAUUGAUGCUAUUGUAAGCACAGCAUACUCCCAUCAAAGAACAUUCAUUAUGGAGGUCAUGGGGAGGCACUGCGGUUUUCUUGCAGUUUACACGGCACUCUGUACGGACGCUACUUAUAGUUUUAUUUGCGAAGACCCAGCGCCUCGCAAUUGGGAUAAAAAAUUGUGUGCGAAAAUAGCUGAGGAAAGGAAAUCAGGGCAGCGUCUGAAUAUUAUCAUAGUGGCGGAAGGUGCCAUAGAUCGCGAAGGUAAGCCGAUCACUGCGGAGCUGGUGAAGAAUGUGGUGGUGGAAAACCUUCAGCAGGACACGCGCAUCACUGUGCUGGGUCACGUGCAGCGAGGAGGAUCGCCAUCAGCUUUCGAUAGGAUCCUGGGUUGUCGCAUGGGUGCUGAAGCAGUAAUGGCCCUGAUGGAGGCGUCCCCCGAGACGGAGCCGUGCGUGGUGUCGCUGGACGGCAACCAGGCCGUAAGGCUGCCGCUCAUGGAGUGCGUCAGACGUACUAAGGCUGUUGCACAGGCCAUGGCUGAUAAAAACUGGGAUCUGGCGGUGCAACUGCGCGGGCGCAGUUUUGCACGCAACUUGGAGACGUACAAGAUGUUGACUCGCUUGAAGCCGCCCAAGGAGGCUUUCGAUGCUUCUGGCAAACCUGCUGAGGGUCUAACCCUAGCCGUGAUGCACGUAGGUGCCCCCGCAUGCGGUAUGAACGCGGCGGUACGUUCCUUUGUACGUAACUGCAUCUACCGUGGAGACACCGUGCUCGGCAUUCACGAUGGCGUUGAAGGUUUUAUUAGCGGAAAUAUCGUCAAUAUGGAGUGGGCCGAUGUGACUGGCUGGGUAGCACAAGGAGGUGCCUUCCUUGGUACCAAACGCACCCUCCCCGGCGAUAAGAAGGCAGAAAUAGCAGCUCGCAUCAAACAGUUCAAUAUUCAAGGCCUGCUUAUCAUCGGUGGAUUCGAAGCAUACCAAGCCGGCCUAGAGAUCUACGAGGGUCGCGCUCAAUUCCCGGAGUUCUGCAUCCCACUGGUGGUGAUUCCCUCAACUAUCAGUAACAACGUGCCCGGCACAGACUUCUCGCUGGGGUCUGACACCGCCCUUAAUGAGAUCACCGAAAUCUGCGACAGGAUCCGACAGUCUGCUCAGGGAACUAAACGUCGUGUUUUCGUCAUUGAGACCAUGGGAGGAUACUGCGGAUACUUAUCUACUUUAGCAGGCUUGGCCGGCGGUGCCGACGCAGCCUACAUUUACGAAGAGAAGUUCUCUAUCAAGGACUUACAACAAGACGUGUACCACAUGGCGUCUAAGAUGACGGGCGGCAUUCAACGCGGUCUCAUCCUGCGUAAUGAGAAGGCCAACGAUAACUAUAACACUGACUUCAUAUACCGCCUGUAUUCCGAGGAGGGUAAAGGACUUUUUACUGCUAGGAUGAAUGUGCUUGGUCACAUGCAACAAGGAGGUUCCCCGACUCCCUUCGACCGUAACAUGGGAACCAAGAUGGCGGCCAAGUGUCUGCACUGGCUAGUAGAGACUAUCCAGAAGGGACCCGCUAACACGCCCGACUCCGCCUGUCUGCUUGGCAUCGUCAAGAGACAGUACAAGUUCUCGCCCCUUGAGGACUUGAAGGCACAGACUAACUUUGCUCAAAGAAUACCAAAGCAGCAGUGGUGGAUGAAGCUGCGCCCACUGCUCCGUAUCUUGGCCAAGCACGAGUCGACCUACGAAGAAGAGGGCAUGUACAUGACCGUCGAACAAGGAGAGAUUGACUCCGAAAAUGUUAUCUAAAAUGUUCGUAACAUGCGUUUAUCAAAAGCGGAUAGUCAAAAUAAUCCAAUCUGAAUGUUAACGCCAAGUACAUCACCGAGUUGUUUAUAUUCAACAUUUAUUUAUUUAUGACCUGCUUGGUCUAUGUGCUUUUGUAUUCUUUUUUUAAAUCAAAUGUUACAAUGGUGCAUAAUUUAAAUGAUUUUGAUAGAUGUUGUUACUAUGGUAAUCUCUAGUAGUCAAGUGUUUAAUUAACUAGCGAAUGGCACAUAAUUUACGCUCGAAAUUAUUUAUAAAUUAUGAUUAAUUUCAAAAAAGUAUUAGGAAUGAUUAUAGACUUUAUUUUAAAUUUAAAAGACGACUUUAACAGUCUGCCAUUUAGUUUGUAGGAUAGUUAUAAAAUUCAUGACACUCAAAUGAUUCUAACAUGUGUACGUUAGCUUGGGCUUUCUUACUUCCACCGUUGUUAUGUGAUUUUAAAUGCUUUAUUUAUUAUCAGUUAGUUACCACAGUACAAUGAGAUUUAUUCUUAUGUUACACAUAGACAUAGAUUAUGCAAGUUUGUGCUAUUACAAUACAAUAAACUAAUAUUACAAGAACAUAAAAGUACAGAGUGCUACAUCAUUGCUGUGGACUGACUGUUUAUUUUGUGCAAAGAGGUGUUAAUUUAUUUUAAUAGGUUCACUUUUAUAAUUUAUUUAGAAACAAAGAUUUUGUAUUAAGGAUAUUUCUUUCGAAAUUUAUAUUUAAUAAUAAUCGGCAAUCAAGUAUUUUGUAACCGAGAUUAUAUUUUAUAAAAUUAGACAUUAAGCGUAAAUUGGUAGACAAAUAUUAGUACGUUUGACAGUAUUUUAUGAGAAAAUCAUAUAAAGCUGUCCAUAUAAUCAAAAAUAUAUUAAAGAUAUGGCAAAUAUAUGUAUAAUUAUGAAGAUAAUGUUGCAAACUUAUUUUGAAAUUUUUUAAUAAACUUUACUGUCGUA